AUGGUGGCGGUGGUGUCACGAUUUAUGACGGAUUUUCGCAGACGACCGUAUCUCGCUCUCCACAUUAAGGGUCGUCAAAACGCAUAUGCGUACUGCGGCACGGUGGACAGCUUCACGUUUCUUGUUCACACGAGCAAUGAGAUGAAGGCGAUUUUGGCUGACUUUGGGGUCGACUUUAUGGGGUAG